UCUCCCAAAAUCUCGUUUCUCGGGCCAUCUUCUUCUUCUCUCUGUAUAUAUUUCUUCACGGAUUUCAAGGGAAGCUCGAUCCUUUUAUUUAUUACUUUUAUUCUCUUAAUUCUAUUUCGUUAAUCUCUCUCUCUCUCUCUCUCUCUCUCUCUCUCUCUCUCUGUGUGUCGUUCGGUCUCUCAUGGUAGAGUCCGUAGCGGCUUUGACGACAAUGGCUGCUGCUGCUACUUCGGGCUGUGUUUGUUCCGGUUCCGAAGAAACCUUUUAGAGGCAAGAAAACCCAUGUUGCCUGGUUGGAAGGACACUAACAGUUGGGGAGAUUCUCUCUGGGUUUCAUGGAAUGAACAUCAAGAGUAAUGGAUCAUUUGGGCAGAGAGGAAGAUUUGCCAUUUUUCGAUGCAAAUGAAGAAAUGGCAUCGAACUCGACGCCCUCUGGCUCGAAUGACUCCAACGAGGGUAGCUUCCUUUUGGAUGUAUGGAAUGGUUGCCCUGAAAGCGUUAUGGAGAGGAGGAGGAAGUUCUUGGAGUGGAUGGGAGUCGAUGAAUGUCGUGUAAGAACAGGGAAUUCGGUUUCUGUAAGUAAUGCAGAAUCAGAAUUCGAUAUAGUUCCAGUUCAUCGUGAUGGUGACAGAGAAUUCAGUAGUUCUAGCCAGUUAUCCUCGUUUUCAUCUUCUUCCCGUUCUGGUAUGGAUCUCUCUGGAGAGUUAUCUCUGAGAAUAUACGAAAAUGCACGUAGAUUCGAUGGAACUAGGACUUGUAGCUCUUCCAUGGCGUCAUGUUCUGAUUCCAGAUGUUAUCAGGGGAAGGAAAGUGAGAAGCAGAGAAGUAAUUUAGGGCUUGUGAAGAGUUUCAAGAAAGGCUGGUUUUGUAGGCUGCAGUCUAUGGGCUGUACCUCGGUUAAGGAGGUUGAAUCGUGUAGAAUGAGAGCUUCUGGUUAUGGCUAUGGCUAUGGUUAUGGUGAAGUAGUUUCUGGUCGAAGGAUUUGCAGAGUUAAGGUUAAGCAUUGUAAGAAAAAGGUGAAGGAACUUUCGGCUCUUUAUCAGAUCCAAGACAUCAAGGCUCAUGAUGGUUCGAUCACUACGAUGAAAUUCAGCGAUGACGGGAAGUAUCUUGCGAGUGGCGGUGAAGACGGGGUUGUACGGAUGUGGAAAGUCAGGGAGAAUAAACGGUCUAAACACUGUGAUUGUCCCGAGAUUGACCCGUCUUGUAUGUACUUCGAGGUAGAUGAUCUUUCCCAGCUGAAACCAGUCUCGAGGGAUGAGGAGAAGACGAAGAUGCCAAAGAGUUUGAGGAAAACAUCUGAUUCAGCUUGUGUUGUUUUCCCUUCGAAAGUUUUUCGGGUACUAGAGAAACCGUUACACGAAUUCCGCGGGCACAAAGGCAAAAUUCUCGACAUCUCCUGGUCAAAGGACAAUUACCUUCUCUCGGCAUCUAUUGAUAAUACCGUCAGGCUGUGGAGAAACGGUAGCAACAAUUGCCUUGGAGUUUUCCGUCACAAAAGCUAUGUAACCUCUGUGCAGUUCAACCCGGCUAAUGAGAAAUACUUUGUUAGCGGUUCAACCGAUGGAAAAGUUCGAAUCUGGGAGAUUCCGGGUUGCAAAGUUGUUGAUUGGGCCGAUACCGGAGACAUUAUAUCUGCAGUGUGUUACAGUCCAGACGGAUGGGGCGGAAUUAUCGGCUUUUUGAGCGGAGAUUGUCGAUUCUUUGACAUGUCUGGAGAGUACUUAGAACUGGCUAGUCAGAUACAUUUGCUUAACAAGAAGAAGUCAUCAAACAAAAGGAUAACCGGGUUUAAGUUUUUGCCGCGAGACCCGAGCAAAGUUCUGGUUGUUUCUGCUGAUUCUCAAGUCCGAACUCUUCACGGGAAUAGCGUAGUCCGAAAAUAUAAAAGUCUCUGCAAUUCAAGAAGCCUCACUUCUGUGUCUCUCACUUCUGAUGGAAAGCAUAUUGUAUCAGCUUGUGAAGAUUCCAACGUGUACAUAUGGAACAGUGACGAUCACGAGGAAGAGGAACCAGAUUCUUCCCAGAUGAAAAAGAUCAAAUCUUUCGAACGUUUCUCCACCAAUGCAUCGGUCGCGACAACCUGGUCCGGCUGCUCGGAUGAAGACAACGUUCCACGUCGAACUCUCCCGUUCUCUUCGCCUUCCUGCUUGUCUCUAAGUGACGGAUUCGCAGCUGCCGCCACGACGGCCGGGACGGUAUGCGCCGCCGCGACUUGGCCGGAGGAAAACCUUCCGGCGAGCCCUUUGUCUUCGUCAAAGAUGCACGUGUCUGAAUACAAGUUCCUCAAGGCGUCGUACCAGAAGAUCACGACGAGCUCUCUCGCAUGGGGAAUGGUCAUCAUCACCGGUGGCUGGGAUGGUCGGAUCAGAACGUUCCAGAACUUUGGCCUCCCGGUGGUUACUUGAUGGACACGUCACAUGCCUUUGCAUACCCAUCUCCAUUCUCCUCCAUCUUACGCUGGCCAUGUGGAGAUCUGGGAGAGUUUUGAAUGGAUCUCCCAACAGAUCCGUUCUUCAGAUUUUUCAGGAGAUUCUGGAGAAGUUUCUUGACCGAGGAGAAGAUAUUUUCUUGGAUUGAGGCCGGAGUCCGGACCAAGGUUUUGUCUGGUGUACGGAUUGUCGGAAAAGGACAGUGUGAUUGUUCAGGAGAUUCUGGAGAAGCUUUGGUGUCUUGUCUUGUCGCACAUCUCUUUAAAUCCCUAAAAUCUGGUUUUGCACCA